UUUUAAAGUUGAAUAAGUUAAAGUUUAUAAAAGGCAUGUUUACAAGAUGAAAAUGCUUGCUGAGUUAAAAUUAAUUGAAUAUUUUAUGGAUUUUAGUGACGCUCAAAGACGCUGGAAGAGCCGUACCUUUCUCAAAUAUUUUCGGCAGUUGAAAUUUUAGGGGAAGGGUACUUUGGUACUGUGUUCAAGGCUCAACACAUAUCUGACAACAAGAACUACGCCAUAAAAAAAUUGAAAGCAGAUAAAAUUUCUGAAUCCGAAAAAUUCAAAGAAAUAAGAAAUUUCGAACAAGUGGGGUACCACCCCCACAUUGUAAAUUACAUCAUGGGAUGGGAACAGGAAGCUGACAUAUACCUCAUGAUGCAGUUAUCCCAGACGAGUCUGGCAAACUACGUUAAAAUCACCAAUGAUGUUCCAGAAUUCGUCUUUUGGGACUGCAUCCGUGAUGUAUGUCUCGCUUCCAUCUACCUGGCAGAAAGACGUUUGAUCCAUUACGAUAUCAAGGAUGAUAACAUCCUAAUACACGGAAAAAACUUUAAACUGGCUGAUUUCGGCACAAUAGUUGAGAUAAGAGAGGUAAGUCAAAACAAUUUAUUUUUACAUCCUCUACAGUGGCGGAUCCAGAAAUUUUUUUUGGGGUCAUGGAUCUUGAGGGUGAUUUAAUUACUUUUCUCUGAUGCAAGGUCGCGUAGUCUUACCACCCCUAGGAUAAGUGGGUUUUCAAUUAUUU